GAAAAAAAAAUAAAUAAAAAAUAAAAAAGCGGAGAGUAGUCAAAUCAUACGUAAUUUGUGGGAGGACUCCACAGCGUAGAGAGAGGGGACUGAAAUUAACGAUGCAAUAAUGGCUCAGCAGAGGCAGUCAGGGCUGGAGCGGUUGGGAUUACGCGGCCACGAUCCCCACCAUUCCAACGGCGGAGGACGACCAGAUCACCUCGUCGUAGGGAUCCGCUCCGCUCCCCACAAGCCCGUUCGGACCCGCCGAUCGGGUCGAUCCGACAAGGGCCCACUUAGAAUCUCCGUUGGCGCCGUCGUCCUCGUCCUCUCUCUAGUCCUCCUUGCCACUCUUCUCGCCUACUAUUACCUCUCCCGCAGCAGCGGAGAAAUAAAUAGUCAUGCUGAGGAAGACGACUUGAAGAAUGAUCCUGACUUUCUCGCAAACGUGACACGUACAGAGACUUCUAAGGUCCUUAGGUUUGGAAAGGGUUCGGUAGUUCAUGGCCGAGAUUCUAGGUAUUGGGAUAAAGAUGAUAGGAGAAGGGAUGAAGAUUAUAACGAGGAUGAGGUGGAGCAUAGUAGUGCAGGUGUUAGGGAUAAAUCCACAUAUAAGGGUGAUGUUCCUGUGAGUGUUAAAAGCAGUGACAAGAAGUCCUCAAAUGACUACUUAAGUAAAAGUUACAAUAGGAAAGGGGGAUUGUACAACGAAGCUGGGCGCAAUGAGUUGAAAGUUUAUGAAGCAGAGUAUGAGGCCUCUCUGAAGAACAUUCAACAGUAUAAGGAUGAAGAUUUGGAUAAGCAAAAGGAUGAAGAUUUGGAUAAGCAAAAGGAUGAAGAUUUGGUUAAGCAAAAGGAUGUAAUUGAUGUUGAUGACGAAUAUGAUGACGGGAUUGAUUUUCAUGAAACUCACAUGGAUGAAUAUAAUGAUACAAGACAUCAGAAUGAUGACCAUUUUGGUGAAGAAAAAUCACAUGAUGAUGGUAGAGAUGUUCCUGAUGUUAGAAUUAAUGAUCAAAAUGUUCCCGAGAAGGUUGAUAAAGUCUCCGCCAAUUCAUUUGAAAAUGACUCUGCUCAGCACUCUGGAAACCUGGAUGAAGUUAACACAAAAUCCAGGCAUGUGAGUGUAAUUUCUGGUCAAUCUUCAAGAAAGUCGCGGUCCGGUACGAAAAAGAAAGCUAAGCGCCGCAAAUAUUCUGGUUCCUCUUGUGAGAUGAAGUUUUUAAACUCUAGUGCAAUGCUUAUAGAGCCUUUAGAAAGUCGAAAGUUUGCAAGAUUCAGCUUGCAGUAUGCUGAAGUAGAGGACAAGCCUGAAGGAGAAGAGCAAUGGGAACCGAGAUUUGCGGGACAUCAAUCUGUGCAAGAACGGGAAAAUUCCUUUUUGGCACGUGAUCAAAACAUAAAGUGCGGCUUUGUUAAAGGUCCUCAAGGAUCCCCAAGCACUGGAUUUGACUUGGCAGAAGAUGACAGAAAUUACAUCAGCAGAUGCCACAUCGCUGUUAGCUCUUGUAUCUUUGGAAAUUCAGAUCGCUUGAGGACACCUUAUGAUAAAAUGGUCUCUCGUUUGUCAAGGAAGAAUGUUUGUUUUGUUAUGUUCAUUGAUGAAGUUACUUUGCAAACCCUAACUGCUGAAGGGCGAACACCAGAUAGGAUGGGUUUUAUUGGUUUAUGGAAGAUUGUGGUGGUGAAGAACCUACCAUACACUGAUAUGCGGCGAGUGGGAAAGAUACCAAAACUUUUGCCUCAUCGCCUUUUUCCUUCUGCAAGGUAUUCAAUCUGGCUGGACAGUAAAUUGCGCCUCCAACUUGACCCCUUGGUCAUAUUGGAAUACUUUUUGUGGCGAAAAGGUCAUGAGUAUGCAAUUUCCAAUCACUACGACCGACACUGUGUGUGGGAAGAGGUUGCACAGAAUAAGAGAUUGAAUAAGUAUAACCAUACCGUCAUAGAUCAACAAUUUACAUUCUACCAGGCUGAUGGCCUAACAAGAUUUAAUGCCUCGGAUCCCAACAGGCUUCUUUCCAGCAAUGUACCAGAAGGGUCUUUUAUCAUCCGGGCGCACACUCCAAUGUCAAACUUGUUUUCCUGUCUAUGGUUCAAUGAGGUUGAGCGUUUUACCCCUCGUGAUCAGCUAAGUUUUGCUUAUACAUACCAGAAGUUAACAAGGAUGAAUCCGGGAAAGCCUUUUCAUCUUAACAUGUUCAAGGAUUGCGAGAGGAGAGCCAUAGCUAAGUUGUUUCACCACAGGUCAGAAGAGAAGAGGAGUAUUCGGAAAAAAGCAACAGAGUAGAGUUUCUUUGGCUUUUCUGCAACUGCUUUAUACAAAUGGUGUUUGGCCACGCUCCACUGUGUAGAAGUGCCGACUGGCUACACGGUACACAGAAAUUUUGCACUUUCAGUGUGAGAAGACUAUAAUGAUGGUUAAAUUUUCUUUUUCCAGAGAGUUCUUGGGGGUGAAGUAAGCGUUGCUGCAGCUGCUUUUGCCGCUGAUUCCGCUCUUUAGAAAAGAAACAUAACCCUGCAGGCAAGCUACAUUGGCUUCUUGGUUGUAUUCCUCUCAUUUUUUGAUUCGUUGCUCCAUAUCUGGAUUCUGGAGGCAAGUGAAGUCGCAACACGCUUACUGCAACUGACACUGUAUCCAAAUCAUAGGUCGAUUCAUGCAUUUUACACCAGAUGGAUAUUUUUCGGUUUCGUUGUUUUUGUAAUUGCUCGUUCAAGCAUGUACCAUAUGCAUAUAUUCUUUUAGGCAAUACAAUUCAUUUCUCUGAACUGACCUUGUAAUCCACUUUGCCCUCACUUUUUACUUUAAAACCCGUA